AGGUAGUGGUCGGGGCCAUAUAAAUCCACCCGAGCACACAAACCAGGCUUUAUCCUGCCAGUGUGUCCCGCGCAGUGCACGUUCUCGGCCACAGGAAACCCCUAAACCCUCCCAGCCCUCGCACGGCUCUCGCACGGCUCUCGCACGCCCAACACUCCACACACACACUCACACAGAGAGAGAGAGACAGCAGCUCACUCACAAAGGAGGAUGGCCACGAGGAGAAUGAAUGAGAUGUGGAGAAGGAUGGCUCUGGCUUUGGUCCUGUGUGUUCUGCUCUUCCACAGUUCUCAUGCUGAAGACCCUAAGGAUGCAACUGACCCAACGAGGACAGCCCCAGCCAACGUCAGCACCAUCUCUCCUGCCUCAGACCAGACCGCCGGAGCGCCUCAGACCAACCAGACCGGUGCUACCGAACAAGCCAACAGCAGCUUAGCCCCCGGAGAAAGUCCCACAACGCCACCUUCUGGAGAGGGUGGUCUCUUUAUUGGUUCCAGCCCUGAUGAAAUUAUGAAAAUAUUUGCGAGCCUGGAACCGGAACCGGUACCAACAGCCCCUCAAGCUAAAAUAAUGGAAGUAAAUUGCGUAGGUAAGGAAAAGGUUCUGGACAGAAGUGUCGUUAAGGUCCAACUGAUUAAAUCCUCCACUUGCGAAGCAACAAAAGCAGCAAUAGUGGCCAACCAUGAAGCUUUAUGUGACAAGCCGUCCUGCUCCUUUGAAAUCUUCCAGGAAGAUGACACCAAAAAUGUAAUUGUGACAGGAAAAAGCAUUGAAGGUGAUGUCGUUGGAAUGUCAGACAAGAUUACUGCUCUCAAAGCAGGUCUGGGAGUGGAAUCAGCCAUGCCUGAGCACGGGAAAUCAUCUCCUGCCGUCUUCGUAUCCUUACUGGUGACCGGCUUAGUGGUUGCAGCCGCACUGAUUGGAGCAUACCUGUGGAAGAACAACCGUCGCACCAAUUCCAAGGGCAUGAAGCUGGCUAACGAGUCCGUCAUGGCUGACGAGGAGAACCAGGGCAACACCCUGGUAUCUGUGGCCCCUCUAAACCCACCUCAGGAGGCUCAGGAGAAGCCCAGCCUGAACGGAGAGUCCCAAGAAGCUGUGAAGCCCCAGAACCCCCCCGCAGCCACCAACGGCCACUCCGCCACCAAGACGGCCGACACUGAGCUGUGAGAACCGCUGACCGCCGCAAGCUCUGGGUUAAAGACCACCAUCCCAGGUCUCCUCCUAAACCCCACCCUUGCUGUGUAGACCCUGGCCAAUGAAAGGACAGUAGGGGACUGCCAGAGAUCAUGCUCCAAAAUCCUUAUUUUUCAUUUAAUUUUGUUGGAAAGAAAAAUAGCUAAAACUUAGUGGGGGGGGGGGGGGGGGUGGGAGCGUUGGUGAGAUCUGCGUUUGUAUAAAGCUUUGGUUUUAGUUUUUGAAGUGCUGAUGAUGUUGAUAUAAUGCCGUUUAAAAAGGUUUGGUAUUUUUAAGAUAUGAAGAACAUCAAUCAAUAGAGUGAUUUGGAAAAAAAAAUGGUGAAUUAAUAUUUUUUUUUUUACGGUAAAUCUUUUACUGUAUGAUGUUAAGCUGUUCUGGUAUAAUAAUGAUAAUAAUGAGGAUGAUGAAAAAGCUUUAAACUGUUCGAGUAAUAAUGAUGGCAGUGGUGAAUAUUAUGGUGAUAUUAUUAUUUUGGUAUAUAAUAAGUCAAUAUGAUAUAAUGAUACAGAUAACGGUCCAUUAAUGUGAAGAGCACGAAAGGGCGUGUCCCUCUGAGCUGAGCUGAGCUGAUAAACAGUGUUAAAUAGUGGUCUGGGGUGGAGGACCUUUCCCAUGAUUCAGUGCUGGCUCCAACGACUGCAAGUCGGUCCCAGCUCGCGUCUCAACGGCUUCCCAGCAUCCCUCCAAAAACCUUCCCUUCUCUUCCACAUGGUCUCAUAUUCUCCCUUUUUCCAAGAGCGCACUGCUCCCUCCAUUACUGUAAAUCAUGCGAUGAAGACAUGCUGAAAGAGGAGCAUGUGGGAGAGAAGCAUGUGUGUGUGUGUGUGCGUAUGAGUGUGUGUUUGAAAGUGUGUAUGAGCUGCGACUGUGUCUUUUGCAGGUGUAAAAAUGCAUUUUACAGAUUGAUGCCUUAUCCUGAAAAAAUCCCAUUUCACCCCUUGGCCCUACCACACUAAAAAAAAGAUGAGUAAAUUUUACUUUAAAUUUGCUGUUUUUUGGUUUGUUUUUUUUAAGUAAAUUAAAUUUAAAAAUCAAUUGAAUUAACUUCAACUCGAUUUCAAGACUUAAAUGUUACAUAGAGUAAAAAAGGCUUUAAAACUAAGCUUCAGUCAAUCCUUUCUUUUAGUAAACUUUACUUAAUUUCUGUACACAAUAUUACCUAAUUACAAUUACUUAAUUUAUACAGUAUUACUCAAAUAAGUUGUGAUACAUAAUUUAUUAGAAUUCCUGAAAUUUAAAUAUUUUUUAUAAAAAAAAAAGAUAUAAAAAACAUAUUACUCUGUCUCAACACAUUUUUAGUAAACGUUUUAGUAAACUAAAAAGAAUGUAUUACGUGCCACCCAUGUGUUGAAUGUGUGUUUUGGCUAAAAUUAUAUAUAAUAAUACUGUAUAAAUUAAUUCAUGGUAAUUAGGUAAUAUUUUAUGCUGAAAUGAAGUAAAGUUUACUAAAAGAAAGGAUUGACUGAAGUUCAGUUCACUUAUUUAUUCUGUGUAACAUUGAAGUGUUAAAAUCGAGGUGAAGUUACUUAAAUUAACAUGAAAUUAAAUUUACUUAAAAAAAAAUAAAAAUAAAAAAAGCAAAUGCAGAAAGUUGCGAAACUUUUUUAAAGUAAAUUUUACGCAUAUUUUUUCAGGAGUUAGAAGGGGGGGAGGGGUGAAAUUCAGUAAUAUGCUAAAGUGUUUCUUUUUUUUUUUUUUUAUACCAAAAUAAAAUUCUCAGGCUAAUUUUAGGUCCCAAAAAACAUUGAUGUGUUCCUUUGAUUGUCUCUGUUUCACUACUGUGUAAAUAGUUCCCCUAAUCACGUUCAUGUAUUCAGUGUUUUUUUUUUUUUCUUUUU